UCCAUCUACAAUGAGGUCAAUAUAUGGGUACUGUUAACCAUCAGCGACUUGCGAGCCUGAGAUAUAUUUAUCAGUGCAUGCAUUCGAAGCCCCGCACGUCAGAAGGCCAUCGUGACCGUGCAAUAAUGUCAGUACCGACAAGGGACUUGAAUGUAUCCUGUUUUUCUUUUUUUUUUCUCUCUUUUUUGUACCGAUGGCUUGUAUGAACGCCGAUAUAGUGUAUCGAUUUAGGCGAGCCACAACAUACUCCAGCCCUUACCGAAUAUGUAGGAUCGCCCGGAGAAAACAAGGCGGCGUGUUGUUAUUCUCCAAAUGGAAGACGAUGGAUACAAAGUGGGAGAGGAGGGGGUUGACUCAGCCCCCCUCCCCCAUCGGUCUCCUUUCAAUUCAUCAAUCUCGCUUUCCAUCAGAGCGCAGUACUGGGAACCCGCCAUGCUCAGAUCAGACACAUAGGCACGGCAGAUGGUUGACAUUCAUUCAGGAGGACAGGCGGCAGGCUAACCGUGUAGAAAAAAACUAUAAUGAUAGACCUGAGGUACUAAUAGCACACUGACGCCAUCCUCCUUGUAGGAAAAGCUUGAAUUGAAUGC